AUGCAGUCGUUAAAAUCAGAAAUAUAUUCAGCUUGUUGCAAUUCAUCCAGAAACAAGUUAAUACCAAUUUUGAAACGAGACCAAUGCUCUACUUGGGCGAACGUGUUGAAACAAGCGGAGACUACAGUUGGUUAUUCCACAUCCUUCUUGAACCUGAGAUGGUUGCUUAGCGACGAAAUAGCUAAUCUGGCGAGUAGCGUGAAUAAAAUUCUGGGGACCAACCAUCCGAUUUUGAAAACGGCGAGAAACAUCUUGGUCAAGUCCGAUGUACCAUCCUGGGGUCUGAUAAUUCUUCUGGUUUCGAAAGCGAGCUCCAUCAACACGAAAUUCCUAGAAGGUAAAGAUAGGACGUCUGGAAUACUCCACACACAGAGAAUGAUUGCAGAAAUCGUUGAAACCCUGAAGACUGGCAUAUACUUCCAUAAAUCGUUACAGCUCAAACAAGAACUAAAACAGCUUCCCUCGGAAAUGAAUCAGGGUAACAAGAUAGCUCUGUUGGUUGGCGAUUAUUUGAUCACCAAAAGCUACAAGAUUCUGGCGGAGAUCAACAAUUCUGAAGUUGAAGAGAUCAUAUCUUCCGCACUCAGAGAUCUAUGUGAAGAGGAGUUUUUCGGGGAGAGAAAUGAUGAAGAUAACUGCCAACCUUCAGCAAGAUAUUCACCAGAUGAUGCUUCCUUCAACGUAGAUGUAUACAGUUUUGAACCACACCAACACAAAUCAUACCUUUGUAAACCCAAAGCAGAGUGGGCCAUGAGGAACUGUUUAGCAGGUGCUUUCCUGUUGGGAAAAGGUUGCUAUGCUGCAGUGAAGUUGGGAGAAAGACCAAUCAACCUCCAAAACUCCAGUUUCACAUUUGGUGUCAACUUGGCCUUAGCCUGCCAAGCCAGAAAAGAUCUGAAUACUUUCGAGAACCAAUCAACCAUUCCACUGGAGAAGGUUGCAGCACCUGUCUUGUUUCACUUAGAGCAACAUCCGGAUUUAGGCUGGAAAAAUAUUGAUGAUGAUACGUUGAGACAGGAGAUUUCAGCUGGAGUUGGAGUACGAAAGACUGAAAAAAUGUUGAGUGAAUUCCUGAUGAAGGCUGAUAUGUCCCUUGAGCAGUUUCCAAGGAGUGAAGCUAGAGAUUCCCUUCGAAAAAUGCUUGAAAUCAUAUGA